AAUGAGAGUGGCGACAACUGGGGAUUUGAAGCCAUUUUGUUUCCAUUCACUCAAUAUGGGACGCGCAGCGCGAGGUGCACAUUCACGAAAACUAUGGAUUGUUUACUGAUUUCAAGACAUGUUUUGGACAAAAUAAUUUACUGGCUUGUUUUGUCUGGAUGUCCAAGGUUGGAUUAUGGCCGUUUUGUGGAAUAUUUUCAUCUGUGACUAGUUUUGAGCCUUCAAAGUGUGAUUCUGUAUAGUAAAAUAUGAGGAGAGGCUUCAGCUUCUAUCCCGGGAGAGUGACAGUCUCCUUCAGGAGGGGUCCCUCUGGCCAUCUAAGACAGGACCCUUCAGUGGCGGCAAUGGAGCUAAAGAGGAGACCAUCCCCCACCUUCCCUGCACAGAGCCAAGAGGCUGUGAGGGCCAAAGCCUUGGCAACAGUUAUAAGCCGAGGAGGCGACAGAACAGACAAACUGGAGGUAAUGGGAGAAUAUAUCCUUCAGUUUGGAAAAUAUAAAGGACAAACCUUCCGCUGGCUCCUUGAAAAUGAUGUUGGCUACACAAUCUACCUGCUCAACAAAGUAGAGCAGGAGGAGAGUGAGGGGACUUUUAAUCCUGAGGGUCACAGUAAGGACAGCCUCCUGUCCUUCUUGGAUUAUGCUGGCUCCUUUAAAGACAUCAGGGACCUUCAGGAAUAUUUAAAGUCCAGGAAGCCAGCAGAACCGGUGCUGUCUGAAGGGGACAAUGUUGUGGGCUUUGGGGUCAGAGCCAAGGACACCUGGCAGAAGAUCUGGGAGCGCAGGAGUGAUGGAUAUGCUGACUUUAUCUUGAGGGCCAAGUGUGUAAAAAAUAGUAAAAUGUACAACCUGCAGCAGUACCUCCUGAAACAGCAGAGUCAACAGCAGUCCCCACCUCCAGAGACCCCAAGUGCAGUGGCUGACUCUCUGAGUAAUGUACAACUCUGUUCAAGCAUAUUUAGUUAGCCUUCGGGUGUGUAAUACCGAUUGUCUUCUCUGACUCUUUAUCUGUCGUGAUGGAAGAGGAUGAAGAGCUAGAGCAGGACAUGUUGAAGCUCUCUCCAUCCAAAUACAUGGGACUAUCAGAGACAGUCAGCAGUCACAGUCCACAGCCUGUGUCCUCAGUCACAGGUUCACCACGUCGCUCACCAAUGGAUUCUGUUCUGAAUCCUGCCGUUCAGUGAUUUUGUUUGGCCAUGUACUGGCGUGUUUUGAUGCAUGUGUUCUAUUGUUCUUCUCUUAUAUAUUAAGGACAUAAAAUGUCAACAAAAAUGGUAAGUGUUAUUGCAUGUUUUGUUCCUGCAUCUUAGAUGUAUGCAUUAGUGGCAUGUCUUCAUUUAUAAUGAUGUUUAUCUUUGGAGCAGACAUUUUGCCAUUAAAUUAGCACAUUAAAACAAUAUUAAUAGUUUAACACCAAUCUGGUUUUCUUAGAAUCAGGGAAACAGACUGCUGCUCCAGUUCCUCCUGUUAGCACGGUUCAGAGGACAGUUGAUACAAGCACGGUAGCAGGUCAGAAUGUUGAUCCAGCUCAACCUGUUUCCACGGCAGCUGACAGCAGCACAGUUGCAUUGAAGCCUCCUCUUCCAGUUCCUCCUCAACUACUGGCCAUUGCAACACAGCUGGGCAUUGGGGAACAGCCACCUGCUUCAACAUCAUCCUCUAAUGUCCCACACACAGUUCAUCGUGCCCAGGCUUUAGUGGACCAUGACAUUGUCCAGUGGAGGUGCUCUCACCAACAAAAGAUCUGGAUGAGGACAGAGCUCCAAACACUAGGACUGUGGCCCGGUUCUACCCCAGGACAUGUUCCCUUUCCUUUGUGGCGUCAUCCUCCUCAACCUGAGCUCAUAGACACAGUCUCAGACCUCCCAUCUCCCAAACAUUUUCAGCUUCACCCAUUUUUUAUUUGGAAGCCAGAAAAUCAAAUUAUGGAGAGGCUGAGGAAUAAUUACAUCCUGCCCUGUCUUUCCGGCUGCACUAAUCCUCAGGUAGUUUCUUCAGGAGUGGGACGACCAAGAGUCAUCGUUGGCAUCAGCGGUCAGUACUAUAUUUUUGCUUCCAGACUUACCUGCAAAGUCUGUAAAAAGUACUGGCAUGCUGACAAGCCCCAGUGGCUGGAGAAACUGCCAAAGCGAUGCAGCAUGAUUGUGCCAGCUUUCAUGACCCACAAGAAGGCCAUUUGCAAGUCGGUGAUGGACGAGCUGUGGAGAAGUGGGAGGUCACCUGAGGACAUGACCAAGCAGUUGAUAGAGGGACUGCAUCUCAAGUAUGAGCGGGCAUAUCUGGCUUAUCUUCUCAGUGUGCAGAACAUUUGGGAUGCUGAGGCUGGAGUCUACAGGCAGAGAACCAUCACAGGUCAUCUAAGGCAGAGAGAAGAGCCUGCUCCAUUCAGGGGAUAUGACGAUGCUGACGGCUGGGCUGGAGUGUCCAUUUCUUCCCACUAUUUGGUGGACUGCCUGGUCCAGGAGUACCAGCGGCAGGAGCAGCUCCUAAAUCUGCUCCUGCAGGGCACAUUUGGGAAGCUGCUGAGGUCAGACCACACUCGGAAAGUAGCGAGGAAGGUGGUACUUUCAUCUGGCACAAUGUCAUCUUAUGCUGUGAUGAGUGAGCAUUGGACCAUUCUCAGCUGGGUCAUGCUGCAGUCCGAGUCUGAGAAUUCUCUUGGUCCCCUGUAUGAAGGGCUGGCUCGACGCUACACUGCUGCUGGACUGGAGAAGGCAGCCUUCCAGUGGGUGGACAGGGACUGCUGUGCAGCCUUCAGGGUUCCAAAUCCAGCAGAACAGGAGCAUCUUCUGUGGGACAGCUGGAAGACCACAGCUGCUAUUGUAGCAGAAGCAACCUCUGGUGAACUGGUCAACAUCUCCGCAGCCAGACUCAAGUUCAACAAAGACAUAAACGCUAAGUUGGACUUGUUUCACUGCAUGCGUUGCUUCACUAGGGAGUGUGUGUCAGAGCACCAUUCUGCCUUCAGUCGAUUCUGCCAGUACCUCUCGGCUGCCUUUGUGGUUGUGGACCAAGAUGACCUCAAGAAGCUGAAAGAGGCUUACACCUUCUGUGGGAUCACACCACCAAAUCCCACCAAACAGCACAUUCAUGAGCACUGCAGGACAAAAGUGCCACAGCCCCAGGAGCUGCUGCAGAGAGUGGAGGAUGUCCUGCAUCAUUUUUAUCUCUCAGUAGAUGCCAACAAUGAGCUUUUGUUUAAGCCCUCUAUGCUGAAGGUGUGGAGAAUUCAGCGGGUCCACAUUCUGAGAGGCUGCCUGAGUGACCCUGAGGUGGGAGAGGGGGUUCUGUACAGGUAUGGAGGCACUGUGCAGCUCAACCAUGUCAUGCUGCUGUGCCUGUGUGGAUCCCAGUGA